GUAGUUGACACGGGAUGGAGAAGGUGCACCUGUCCCGUGGGCGUGUCUCCCACCUGAGGCAGUAGAAUGACAAUCAAAAGGGAGGAGAGAAAGGUUUUAAAAGGCUCAACUGACUUGAGGACUUGAAACUGUUGGGAUGGCUGGACUCAAGCCGCUAUGGGUGGCGGUGCUACUACUGGUGGUGCAUGAGGCGUCCUCACAGCUAGAUGUAUGUGGUCGGGCUCCUCUCAACACCAAGAUCGUUGGAGGAGUGGAUGCUGCUCCGGGCACCUGGCCCUGGCAGGCCAGUUUGCAGUGGUUUGGCCACUUCUGUGGGGGGUCCCUGAUCAACAAUCUGUGGGUGCUGACCGCUGCCCACUGCUUCCCCACAAAUGACACGACAGGUCUCACGGUCAUCCUGGGCCGUCAGGACCAGGCGGGCAGCAACCCCAACGAGGUGUCCCGGACCAUCUCCAGGAUUGUCUGUCACCCCGAUUACAGUGAUUCCACCAGCGACAACGACAUCUGCCUGCUGGAGCUCUCCUCGGCUGUCAACUUCACAGACUACAUCGCGCCCGUCUGCCUGGCCGCGGACGGAAGCACGUUCAACAGCGGCAUCAUCAACUGGGUCACUGGCUGGGGAAACACCUCAUUUGGAGGUUCACCCGCGGACAUCCUCCAGGAAGUGGACCUGCCCAUAGUGGGCAACAGGGAGUGUGACCGUCAGCAUAGCACCAAAAUCACCGACAACAUGAUCUGUGCUGGAUUUUCGGCUGGAGGGAAGGACGCGUGUGUGGGUGACUCUGGUGGUCCUCUGGUGAUAAAACGGGGUCUGCAGUGGGUCCAGUCGGGAGUGGUGAGCUUUGGUGCAGGAUGCGCCAAUACAUCGGGAAUAUACGCCAGAGUGUCCAAAUUUCAGGUUUGGAUCAACAGUAUCAUCACCACCAACCAGCCAGGCUUCGUCAACUUCCGCUCCGCGGGAACCAACGACGACUUUACGAACUGUGGGGACACCACGGCCGCGUUGACGUGCGGCAGCGCCCCCAUGAACACCCGUGACAGCAGGGGGCUGGUGCAGUCUGCCGGCGUGUGGCCCUGGAUCGCUAGCCUGCAGGUCAACGGCACGCACAUGUGCGGCGGCACCCUGGUGCAUUCGGACGCCGUCUUGAGCGACGCCUCGUGCUUCACCAUGUACCCCAAUGCCUCCCAUUGGAGGGUGGUGUUGGGCCGUCGCAAUCUGACCGGCCCCAACACCUGCAGCAAGAACCUGGGGGUGAGCUCCAUCGACAUCAGCAAUCUCACCGGAGACAACAUCGCCGUGCUCAUGCUGUCCAGUCCACCGAGGCUCUCGGACUACAUCCAGCCCAUCUGUCUGGACCAGGGGAUGGGCAGCUUCCUGAACAACACUGACUGUUGGAUGGCAGGCUGGGGCAUGGGCCAGGGAGGCGCCCAAGAAACCCUGCAGGAGUUCAACACCACGGUGGUGGGUUGUAGCAACACGUCAUCCAGUGACUACAUCUGCACCGAAGCGCUGACUUUGAGACAGGGUGACGCCGGCGGCCCCCUGAUGUGCAAGAGCGGCAACUCUUGGACCCAAGUGGCCGUGCUUCCCAACGUCAUGGGCAACAGCAGCAUGUAUGUGGUCGGGCUCCUCUCAACACCAAGAUCGUUGGAGGAGUGGAUGCUGCUCCGGGCACCUGGCCCUGGCAGGCCAGUUUGCAGACGUCUGGUCACUUCUGUGGGGGGUCUCUGAUCAACAAUCUUUGGGUGCUGACUGCUGCCCACUGCUUCGAAACAAAUGACACGACAGGUCUCACGGUCAUCCUGGGCCGUCAGGACCAGGGGGGCAGCAACCCCAACGAGGUGUCUCUGAACAUCUCCAGGAUCCU